CGCGUCCUGUUGACAGGCCCCAGAGCGCUCCAUUCCGAAGGCGUGUAGCCGAAGCCCCUCCUGUAGCGGCAAAUAGCUAGCUGGUCUGCUCCCUCUCUGUUCUGCUGCUGCCGCCUUCCUCCUGCUGCUCGGAGUCGGGGGCUCGGCUCAGCGAGCUCGCGGUGGUGGUGGGCAUUCUCCGGCAAUGGUGUGCAAGGCGUGUGACAAGCCCAAGCCCAACUACCGCAAGGGCCUGUGGUCGCCGGAGGAGGACGAGAAGCUCCGCGACUAUAUCCUCCGCCACGGCCACGGCUGCUGGAGCGCGCUCCCCGCCAAAGCCGGGCUCCACCGGAACGGCAAGAGCUGCAGGCUGCGGUGGAUCAACUACCUGCGGCCGGGGCUGAAGCACGGCAUGUUCUCGCCGGAGGAGGAGGAGACGGUGAUGAGCCUCCACGCCACGCUCGGCAACAAGUGGUCGAGGAUCGCACGGCACCUGCCUGGCAGGACCGACAACGAGGUCAAGAACUACUGGAACUCGUACCUCAAGAAGAGGGUCGAGGCAGGCGCCAAGGAGGGCCCGGGCACGCCCGCGCCGCCCGCGACCAGCUCCGGCGCCGGCGACACGGAGGACUCGCGUCAGAGCGCCAAGCCCGGGGAAGACGGCGCGGCGGCGGCCGACGGGCCGGCGGACUCCGGCGGCUCGUCGGAGCCGCGCGAGUCGUCGUCGGCCGACUCGAGCUGCCUCACGGGCCCGCCCGCCGCCGCCUGCAGGCCCCACGCGCCGCCCGUGGCGCCCAAGGUGAUGUUCGCGGACUGGCUGGACAUGGAUGUGGUGGACUGCCUCGGCGGUGGCCCGGGCGCGGCAGCACCUGGUCUGGACGCUGCUUCCGCGGGCGCGGUUGGUGCGAGCGACCAGCACCACCGCCAGGUGAUGAGCCAGGGGUCCGUGCAGGUGGACGGCCCGUGCGGUGUCGAUGUGUCCCUGCACGGCUUCGGCGACAGCGGCGCCAGCUGCUGGGAGUUCCAGGAGCACUUCGACGGCAUCGGCAUCGGCAUCGAUCAGAUGAGCACCACCGGCUUCUGCGACCUGCUCUCCAUGAGCGACUACUUCGGGCUCAACUAGGAUCGCCCCGGGUUGGUGGUGAUCGUUGGUGAACGGAUUUGCGGGGUUCUUUUUUUUUCGAAAACUUUAUUUAGAAGUUUCGGUGAAAGGCUUGUUUGUGAUUGUAAAUUAUUGUCGUGUACGUAUAGAGGAAUUUAAAAAGCAGAUAAAGUCAAGGGCCAUGAUGAUUGUUGCCGCCGUGUAAAGUAUUGCCGUGUUUGUUGAGGUUUGCUUUGGAGAGUACAGCACCGACGGAAAGGAAUGAGGAAUUAGGAAUAGAAGAAUGCUGUAGGAGUUGCACGCUUGCCUCUAGCUACUGGGCUGCACAAUUUGUGGUUUUGUUAAGUCAAAAAUGGGACAUCAUCUUUUUGUGCC